AGCUUAACAUCGGCGAAGUGUUAAGUUCCAUAGUUACAAGUAAAACUCGUCAAGGAAGUUUACAAUGAAACUCUUCGCAGUUGCCAUCGUUCUAUGCUUAGCCCCUCUGGCUAUUGCUCAAUUCGUACCUGCGGAAGGUGUCGAAACAUCUACGGAAUAUUUGCCACCAGUCGGUGAUGACGCAACUGCACCACUUGCGGAGGAUGGCUAUCGCUACAAGGCUGUGCGUCGUCUGAAGUACCGUCACCGUCGUGAAGUGCCAUCAGAGGAAUAUUUGCCACCAGUUGCUGAACCUUCCGUCGAAUAUAUACCACCGGAAGGCGCUGAAACACGUGUGGCCGAUGAUGGUUACCGCUAUAAGACAGUGAGACGUUUCAAGGUACGUCGUCAACGUCGUGAAGCUCCUUCCGUCGAAUAUUUGCCACCAGUUGCUGAACCCACUGCUGAAUAUUUACCACCAGAGGGCGCAGAAACACGCAUCGCUGAUGAUGGUUACCGCUAUAAGACUGUACGGCGCUUGAAAUUCCGUGCUCGCCAUCGUCGUGAUGUCUCUGAAUUGACUUCAUUGCCAUCGGCUGAAUACUUGCCGCCCGUCGAAGUUGAAUUGGCGCCGGAAUUGAAGACAGUUUUAGGUGAUGAUGGUUAUCGUUAUAAGGCAGUGCGUCGUCUGAAGUUCCGUCGUCAUCGUCGCGAUGCUGAAGCCGCUGAAGAAGUUGCCGCUGCUGAAAGUGCUGAUGUCCCCAGCAAUGAAUAUUUGCCACCAAGCAAUGAUAUUGCUGAAGUGCCCGAGGUGAAAAGUGCCGAGUUGGCUCAAGACGGUUAUCGGUAUAAGACUGUGCGUCGUUUCAUAUACCGUCAUCGUCAAUAA